UGUUUCAUGCGAAACCCAGCUGGUUUCUAAGAAGCUAUGUGUUCGCGUCUCGUUCGCCCUCCCACAACCGCAUCGUAAGUUGCCGUGGCGUUAUAAGGCCAGCCGUCAUGCGCCGAAGCGGCGCGACACGGCCGUUUGGCGGCGACUUAGCUUCCUCGCGUGUCGAUUGGAGAGACACUACCACGCGUGCUUCUAGGCGUUAUUGCGAAGGGGCGCUCCGGCCAGGGUGAUCUGGCCAGGACGAUCUGGCCAGGACGAUCUGGCCAUGACAUUCCUCUAGCUCUCACUAGCCUACAAAUACGGCUUGGCUCAAGUCUACAUUCAUUACCACAACCUUCUAGCAACCCAAUACGACUUCGAAGCUUCCAGCCCAGCAAGCGACGACAGGCCAAGCAACAACUCUAGCUACCAGCCACCCGAUCCCGCUCAAAUCCCGUGCAUUAACAGCCGAGCAAUUGAUCGCUCUCUAAGUUAGCGAUUCGCGUGCACCAUCCGCAAAUCACGCGCUCCGUUCUCAACCCGCGUGCAUCUUUGGUGCGAAUUUGCGAAACCAUCCGCAAGGCUGCAACACAUCACGUAAGGACACAGCACAUCACGUCCGAGGCUCGAAGCAAUCACCGGGAAUGGCGGCGCGGCUCGGAGGCGGCUUGCUCCUAGCCCUAGUGGUAGCCACAUGCAUAGCGGCAGCGCGCGUGCCGGGCGGCAGCGCGCAGAAGGCGCCUGCUCCGCCGACGAAGGCGCAGCUGCGCGCGGAGCUGCAGGCGAUGACGAAGAGCAUCGUGAAGCGGUACCCGCAGUACUCCAGAUACGCGCAGGACGCCUCCAAAUACAUCAACCUCGCCCUCAACUCGAGGUACGACCUAUCAGCGCUGCGAGACGCGUCCAUCCUGAUCCCCAACAACGCGCACGCAGAGGCCCUCGCCAAGAGGAUCCCCGCUAAGAGCAGCAGCAUCCCCACGGUGUACAACAUCACAGCGUUCCACAUCCUGCGCAAGCGCAUGACCGUCCCGCAGCUGCGCCAGGUGAAGCAGCGGGUGGCGGUGGGCACGCAGCUCCGGCAGCCGGUGUUCAAGAUGACGGCGGCGAAUAGCAGCGCGGUGUCGUUUGCCAAAGGGCCGUAUUUGAAGCAGGCACAGUGGACCACGAUCCGCAUCCCCGGGCUGUAUGUGGGCCGCUGGUUCAUUGCCCAUGGGGUCGACCGCAUGCUCAUCCCCACUCACACCAAGAUUUGAUGAUACUGUACAAGCUUGAAGAGUGGAAGAAAGAGGAAAGCAAGCAUGCGUGCCUUGCUUGCAGGUCAAUGCAGUGCGCCCUUCCAGUGCUGCAGCAGUGCAACAUUAGAUAGCUCAGAAGAACGCUCUCUCUGCUGACCGUGCUCGGUGCUGGAAUGCCGCACUGCAUUGCCUUCAUACAUGAAACACCUCGCUAAUAUAUUUUCGCUAGCACCUUGCUUCAUAGAUGCCUUCGUGUUGAGCUUGGAAUUGGAGAGGGCGGUGUACUGAAGCAAGUGAAGCUAAAGCUCCCAACUGGAUGGCCCAACUGACGUGCUGCUGCCUUACUA